GUUGCUUAGAAACCAGGUGGUGUUUCGGUUCGUGUUGUUAUUUAAGAUGUCGAGCAGGGAUCCUUUCUCCUCUCCAAAGUUAGAAAACGAGUUCAGCCUCAGCGGCUUCAGACCGCAGCUGAGACAAACAUGCAAGAAACCAACACACCUCUCCCAGACUGAGGAACCGUGGAGUCGCCUCUAUGAUAGAGCAACUUUGUCCAGCACCAGACGCAGUGUUAUGUCCGAUGAGCUCCAGGCUCCGAACGACAGCCUCGACUUCCAUCUAAACUCAGUCUAUGAUCACAACAAGGACCUCUUCUAUAAAAAGAACCAGACUUUAUAUCAGAAGGAGAGCGUGUCCGAGGACCACAGGAAACAUGAAAACGAAAAUCUGCAGAAAACAGAAGAGAGAGACAUCAUCGUGUGGGUCGACCCACAGAGGCGCUCAAUUCACAGCAUCAAGUGACACAUGGAGGAAGUUCAGUGAAAAUAAAAUUCCCAACAUUUAUCACCACCGCAGAUAACGCCUUUGUUCAGAAACUAAUAUUGAGCAAUGCUUCUGAUUCAGAUCGAUGAGUCUGGAGGAAAGUGUUUCUUAAAUACCUGAGGGUGAACAUGGGCGGCUUCUUUUCUACAUGAAGCUUUGGGUACUUAUCUAAAAGCGUUUUUGAAUCACUUGCUUUUCUAAAAGACACACGCUGAACACUGAAAGGUGACUGAUGGUGAUUUGAUCUGAUAAAACCCUUGAACCACAAAUAUCUUGAUAAACACUGAACAUCUUUUCGAAUAAAAAUAAACAUUUAUCUCACUCUUCCAA